CUCUUCCAGGAUGGCCUUCACGCCACGAAAGAAAAACCAUUUCCGCUUCCUGCAUCAUGGCUGGUUGUUGUCCCGGAGAUGUUUCCGCUGCUACCGGUGGGAAAAGAGUACAGUUUGGCAAUCGGUUCCUGAACGAUCCGGCCCGUGUUUUCCACCAUAAUGCCUGGGACAAUGUGGAGUGGUCGAAAGAACAGGAGGCGGCGGCAGCGAAGAGAGUACGGGAGAACAGCGCCCAGCGCGUGCCGCCCGAAAAGCAAGUUGAGUUUGAGGUCAAUGCACAUGAAUACUGGAAUAACUUCUACAAAAUCCAUGAAAAUGGAUUUUUCAAAGAUAGACACUGGCUUUUUACUGAAUUUCCUGAAUUGAUUCCUCACCAGAACCAAAGUGACCUGAAGACCUUGCUGUUAAAAGACAAUGACUAUGAAAUCAUUGAAAAUACAGGCUGUGGAGAUGGGCCUGGAUUAAUAGUUUCUAAUAUUCAAGAACAGCACAGGGCUUCUUCACACAGCCUUGAUCAUGAGAAACAGAAGUAUCUCAUGGAUGAAGCAACACAGAAACUGUGUCAUCCGGAUAUAAAUACUGAUGACUUUCCUGGUUCCUCAGCUACUUACCGCAUACUAGAGGUUGGCUGUGGUGUGGGGAACACAGUCUUUCCCAUUUUGCAUACUAACAAUGACCCAGGACUCUUUGUAUAUUGCUGUGACUUUUCUACCACAGCUAUAGAGCUUGUCCAAGUCUCACUUCCUGUUAUAACAAAUUCAGAGUAUGAUCCUUCUCGAUGUUUUGCCUUUGUUCACGAUCUGUGUGAUGAGGAUAAGGAUUACCCAAUACCCAGGGAGAGUCUUGAUAUCAUUAUUCUCAUCUUUGUCCUUUCAUCUAUUGUCCCAGACAAGAUGCAGAAUGCCAUCAACCGACUAAGCUAUCUCCUGAAACCUGGAGGGAUGUUUCUCUUGCGAGAUUAUGGCCGUUAUGACAUGGCUCAACUUCGAUUUAAAACAGGUCGAUGUUUGUCUGAAAAUUUUUAUGUGAGAGGUGAUGGUACCAGAGUUUACUUCUUCACACAAGCCUUUUUGGAUGUAAAACCUAUUUUUACUGCAGUAUGAAGUAUUGGAGAGUUAAAGCAAUACAUGAGCUUGUAAGUUAUAGGAGCAGAUUCUGCUCAGCACUACAUUUCAUGAACCAUUUGCUUAUGUACUACUUUUUAUAAAAAGCCUUUCCUGAUCUCCCUUAGUUGUUAGUAUUCUCUUCCUUCUCAAAUUACCUUGUAUUUAUUCAAUCUAUUGAUUCAGUCUCAAGUAGAAUGUAAGCUCCUUCUGGGCAGGGACUAUUUGUCAUAUAGUUACUUGUACCUGCACCACUUAGCACAGUGCACAUAGUAGACAAUAAAUGUUUGCUAAAUUGAAUUGAAAUAAAUAUAUUGUCUGGUUUUUCUGCUUCUUGCAUGUUUGACACCUGUCUCCCCAACCUAUACCAUCCUUAUUGGUCCCAGUAUUUUUUUUUUUUCCCAUGAGACAGUUGGAGAUAACUGACUUGCCCAGUGUCACUUAGCUAAUAAAUAUCAAGUGUCUGAGGCCAGAUUUGAACUCAGGUCUUCCUCACUGUAAUCCCAGUUUACUCCCCACUGCAACACCUCACUGCCCUCCUAAUCUUUUGGCUAAGGUACUCUUCUGGAUUGCAGCUAUAAUUCGAGUUUCAAAUCAAAAUUGUCAUUUGGGAGACAACUAAUUGUAAUCACAUAUAUUUUACAAUACUCAUAUUCUGAAUUCCUCGAGUAUAAAUACCCCCAACUUAUAAACAUCUCUUCAGCUCCUUCUUUGGGUCUUUUAAAAGAUCUGUUCCCCCUUAUCUGUAUUUGCCUUUUUUUUUGCCCGCUAGUCUCUUUUUCCUGUUGGUUGCUCUGUUUCCUUUGCCUUAGUAAAGAUUUAAUUUACAAUUACAAUGAAUGCAUUUACACAAAUUUUACACGUUUAUAGAAUUUACACAUGGUUUUACUCAUCUCAGCCAAAUAAGAGUAUGUUUAGAGCAGUGGUCUCCAAAAUGGGACCAGUGAGUUAGAGUGGGAAGGUGAGUGGCAUCCCACCCUUUUGAUAACAAAUCAGGGGACUUGUUUCUAAAAAGCCACCUCUACCCUUUUCCCCUAAAACUUCCCCACACUGCCCUCAGCAGAGCAUGUGAAAGUGCCUUGAGUCCAGAGGGCUUCCCGGCAAGGCAAAUGAUAAGAUCUGUUUCCCCCCAAGAAAUUGUCCUUGGUGACUCCCAGAUCACUAUUGUGAUGUGAGCAGUCGUAUUGCUUUUCUUUCCCAGCAGCCCAGUGGGGCCGAGGGAACUGAAAUUGGAAUAGUGAAGGAAAGUAAAGGACAGGAAGAGCACCUUCCUCUACUGUGUCUUCCAAACUUCCCUAAUAUAGUAUCAACAGUGUCCUAUCUUUUUAAUUAUCCAGGUUCACAACCUAGGGGGACAUCUUAAACAUGACUCUCAUCCCAUAUAUCCAGUCAUUUUUUAAAUAUUGUCAUUUCUAGCUCCACAUACGACUGUAGAUAGCUGGAAGGGACCUUAGGGACCAUUAAGUCCAACCUCCAGAUGAGGGCACUGAGGCAUAAAUGUUUAAGACAGAUUUGGAUCCAGAUCUUCCUUCCAAGUCUAAUGUUCUGUUGACUAUUCUUCUUUCAUCUGCCCCUUGUUCAUAUAAUCAUCACCCUAGUUUAGUUCACACCACCUAAUUGCCUUAUCCUUUGCAAUAGAGUCUUAAGCAAUCUGUCUCCCUGCCUCUGGUCUCUCACUUCUCCAACAUAUCUUCCACACAGCUGCUAAAGUGAUUUUCCUAAAGGGAAGGUCUGAGCAUAUCAUUACUCUAGUCUUAAGGUCUCCCUAUUGCUACUAAAAUUAAGCAUUGUCAUUUAUCUCAUUUAAAAAAAAAAAAAAUUAAUACUGCAAAUAGUACAUGUAUUUAAUUUGUAAAUAUGUACAUAAUGGAAGUGCACAAUCCAAACUUUUGGAGCCCAUUGAAUUAGUGUGUUCAUAUUUGUAGAAGGAAAAGCAGACAUUUCAUCAUAGGAAAAUAAUAAGCGUUUAGGUUAAUAUGAGGUAAGGCAGACUGAAUGUUUUUUCUGUCAGACAAACAAUUUUGCCAAUAUUAUCUUUCCUA